GAUUUUUUCAAUAAUACAUAUAGGAUAGUUUGUUUUUUUCUGCCUUCGAUUCACAGUGUUAACAUACGAUGAAGGCAAUCAUGAUGAAGUGGAUGCUAGUGCUGCAUUAGCUGAACUGGAGAAAAUGCCUCAUAUCGGUGUCACUAAAGCCGGACAAACUCGUGGUAUCUUAGAUAAAAUCGAUGGAAUACGAACAAUGACUGAUAGUGUUGAUGAAAAUACUUUAAACUCUACUCAACGUAGUGAUAUUGUUAUAAUGUCCGAGGAGGAGAAAGCUCAAAUUUUAUCAUCGGAUGCUUUUCUACGGUUUUUUGAACGUUCUUCACGUAUAAUUGAACGAGCUAUUUGUUAUUCAGAUGAAGGUAUCUUUUUGGAUUAUUCCGGUGAAGAUCGUGAAACUGAAGAAUCUGAUGAAUUGUUAACUGUAUUGAAUGAAUUUUUCGAUGAACGAUGGUCGAAACAUCGUACAAUUACCGGUUUAGAUUGGUCAACUAUAUUUCCAGAAUUACUACUCACCGCAUAUCAUAUGAAUGAAGAAGCUGUACAUGAACCUGAAGGUGUUUGUUUAAUGUGGAAUAUGAAAUAUCCAAAGAAAUUAACACCGGAAUUUAUAUUUCAUUGUCAAUCCCCGGUUACAUCGGCUAGUUUAUCACGUUUUCAUCCGAAUAUUGUAGUUGGUGGUACGUAUUCUGGACAAAUUGUUUUAUGGGAUAGUCGUGUUAAUAAACGAACACCAGUUCAACGCAGUCCACUAACAUCAUGGGCUCAUACGCAUCCAGUAUUUGCAAUCACAUUGAUUGGUACUCAGAAUGCUCACAAUAUCAUUAGUUUAGGAUCGGAUGGUUCAUUAUGUGCAUGGAGUUUGGAAAUGUUAGCACAACCAAGAGAGAAAAGUAAAGUUUGUGAAAUGUCUUCCGGUGGUCUGUUUGAUCUUUAUCCUACAUGUAUGUCGUUUUUUGCUAAUGAUGUGAAUAAUUAUGCUGUUGGUGCGGAAAAUGGUAAUGCGUAUUGUGGACAACGGCAUAGCAG